AUGGUUUCUUUCAACAUUCUCAGAGCCUUGACUUGUUUUAACUCGGCACAGAGAAUCUUACACCCUUCAACUCCCUCCCAACCAGUCACACUAAAGCUGACCGGCGAUCCUUGCAUUCAAGUCGAUGGAGUAUGGCAAAUCACCGAAGACUGCAUCGAUCCUCUCUACUCCCGGCCUGUAAUCGAUAGCGAGACUCAUGUGACAUUGACGAUCCCUCAUCUUCGGGUGUCAGGACAUUUCGAAGGAACUUUCGUUGACUUCAACAUCUACCUCCCUAAGAAUGGCUGGAAGGGACGCUUCUUCCAACUCGUCUAUCCACUACAGAACUCGAGUGCGUCCGAUCGGGAGAUAGGCUUUGGAGCAGAGAGCGGAGGAUAUACCGUUCGUGCAUCUGGUCUACCAACCUAUCGCGGUGAUGCGGCUGCAGCUAAAUUUGGCAUGAUGAUUGCACGCGAGCAUUACAAGCCCAAGAAUAACAAGAUCCACGGGUAUGUCUAUGGAGGUAGCGGUGGAUCUCUUAUCACUGUUGGAGCAAUGGAAAAUACAAUUGGUAUAUGGUCUGGUGCUGUGACACUUGUCCAAGCUGUACCAGUUUCCAUCAACAACUGGUCUGUUCGUGCUCUUGCAGGUCUCGUUCUUCAGACUAAGAGCGCCGAGAUCGAGGAAGUGCUUAGGCGUGGUGGUAGUGGGGACGUCUACUCAACCUUCAGUCACACUGAAAGAAAGGUCUUUGAAGAGGCCACGGCCCUUGGUGUCCCUAUCAAAGGAUGGGAGACAUUCUACGAAACUGGGGCGUCUGAGUCACUUUGGGAGUCCAUAAGAAGUGUGUCCGGCUCGGCUGUGAUGAGAAUGGAUCCGACCUAUGUGGAAGACUUUUGGAAUAAGCCGGGAUACUUGGGCACUGAAAAGUCUAAGCUUGGUGAUAUGUUUCGCGAGGAGAUGCUUGAUUACGAAACCUUGAUCACUUCUAUCAAGUAUGACGUCAACAACGUUCCUGUCGAGCUGACCUUCGGCGAGGCACCAAAAUCAACGAGAACAUACUGGUUGGACAUCAUCAUCAUGUCCAAAGAUGGCGAGGAAAUUGGUAAGAUCACAGCUAAGGGUCAGGACAACCGUGAUAACAAUACUGUCACCCUUCACCCAAAUAAUGACACCGCAGCCCUCUCCCUUCUGCAAAAAGGGACUCAAGUCCACAUAAGCAACCGAAUGUUCCUCGCCAUGCACGCACUCCAUCGUUACUCGGUACCCAAACGCGCAGGCUUCUACGGCUAUGACUAUCUCCGUGAUUCCAUGAGAACUCCCAUCUAUCCUCAGCGCUCAGCGCUUGUUGCGGAGCAAAUUGCAAGAUCUGGUAGUGGCGGCGCUACGUUUUCGGGCAAGUUCAACGGCAAGAUGAUCGCCAUGGAUAAUCUGAUGGACGUUGACGCGCUCCCUUGGCAUGCAGAUUGGUACAAGAACCAGGUCAAAAAGGCAUAUGGAGAUGAAUUCGACAAUAAGUUUCGUCUUCAUUACACUGAGAAUGCGGAUCAUCAAAUGGGUCUUGUUGUAGAUUCCAAGAGCUCCAGAAUUGUGGACUUUACAGGCAUGUAUGAGCAGCAUCUGCGAGAUUUGAGUGUUUGGUGCGAGACAGGGACAUAUCCUAGCACUUCAACAAAUUACACCAUAAGCAAUUCCCAGGUACGAUUACCUGCUAUGGCAUUGGAGAGGAAGGGAAUCCAGCCUGUUGUGAGCCUAAGCGUCAACGGUAGCAAACAAGUCGAAGUCAAGACAGGCACUACAGUUACCUUCAGGGUACAUGCCGAGGUUCCUCCGGGUGCAGGAAAAAUUACUUCAUUGCAAUGCGAUUUUGAAGGAACAGGGAAUUUUGUCAAGAAGAGUUUUAGAGAGGUUAGGCAAUCUGCUGGGACUAUGGUUUCAUAUACCUACUAUCGACAGGGGACUUUUUUUCCUGCUGUUAGGGCUGCUUCCCAAAAGAAGGGCAACAUAGAUUCGCCAUAUGGUUUGGCCUUGAAUCUUGGGCGGAUGAAGGUUGUCGUCGUUUAG